AGAAGGCAAUGACGUUGAGACCCACAAAGCUGUAACAACCUCAGCAUCUCCAACAAUGACACGUGUUUAUUGUAUUGGUUACAUGAACCCUUGAUAAUGUUGGGAGUUCUUUCUCUUCUCUUUUCCCUCCUACGAUUGUUCCAUAACAAGGUUAGAGUACCAUUGCUAGAAAGCUAGCUAGAAGAAAAUGGGAAGCCCACCUCAGAACUCAGACCUAACAUUUCCACCAGCUGAUGCUGUUGGAGAGCUGAAUCCUGGGAACAAUACACAGGUUCAAGUUGAUCCUGUAUCUUCUGAGGUGGCUGCCUCCAAGGAAAUGAAGGAACAAACUGAGGCCAAACAGAAAAAAAAGGAAAGAGAAAAGAAUGAGGCAUUGGAAACACUAAAAUCAGCCAUUAUAAUUUCAGGCAUUGUUGUUGCUCUGGCGGGAGCUGCCUUUGCAAUAACCAAGAAAUUAAGAGAGAAAUGACCCUACCUUCCCAAAGGGAAAUAUAGAAGAUUUAUAGAAAUUGUCUACGUUGUUUUUA